CAAAUUGCCAUGAACUUCCGGUUUAAGAUAAAGACACACGCGGAUCUAUCGUGAAAAGAACGCGAAUAAUUAUAAAAUUAACGGGGAUAGGGAAACCAAUUAACUAAUUUUACAUUGUCAGUUUACAAUAAUGUCCAAUAACGGUGCUCCGGACUCUUGGGAAAGUCAAGCGGAUGUUAUAGGUGAACAAGGUGCAAAAGAUUCCAAUGAUGUGUCUACUAAAUUUUCCACGUUGAACGUCAACGCCGUGGAGUUCGUGCCUUCUUUUUGUAAGCCUUCUCAGGCUAACGACGAUACGGAUUCUCCUUCUUCACCACAAAAAUCUGAAAGUGGUUCUACUAAUUCUUCUGGGAGUCCCGUGUUGAAUGGAUGCGGAGAUGGUGGCGGAGAGAGUGGAGACGGAGGAGCUGCCUCGGCCUCCCCGCGCGUGGAAGAGCCUCCGCCCGUGCCACCCGCCGCGCCCGCCGCCGCGACCGCCGCCGCGGCGCUGCCCAUCCCUGCCGACGUUUCACCCACUGCUGAUAGCUGGGAAGCAGAAGCUGAUGACCCACUCCUUACGCCCGAAGACAACAAUGAACCUGAUGAAGAAGAAUUAGAGCAACAGGAGGAUGGCGAAACUACGAAAAAAAUCCCCAAGAAAAAGCCACCGCGAGUUGAAGAUACAAGGAGCAAAAAAGAACAUGUUAAUGUUGUAUUCAUUGGACACGUAGAUGCGGGUAAAUCUACGAUUGGAGGGCAAAUUAUGUCAUUGACUGGCAUGGUGGACAAACGAACACUAGAAAAGUAUGAAAGAGAAGCACGAGAGAAAUCAAGAGAAUCCUGGUACUUAUCUUGGGCACUUGACACUAACCAAGAAGAACGUGACAAGGGGAAAACUGUGGAAGUGGGGAGAGCCUAUUUCGAGACUGAAAAGAAGCAUUUUACAAUUCUUGAUGCCCCUGGGCACAAGAGUUUUGUACCAAACAUGAUUGGCGGUGCAGCGCAAGCAGAUCUGGCAGUACUGGUAAUAUCUGCACGUAAAGGAGAAUUUGAAACCGGUUUUGACAGAGGCGGACAAACGAGAGAGCAUGCAAUGUUAGCAAAAACCGCAGGUGUCAAACAUUUAGUUGCACUAGUCAACAAGAUGGAUGACCCAACCGUAAAUUGGGAUGAGAAAAGAUACAAUGAAUGUCGAGACAAGAUCCUGCCAUACCUUAAAAAGCUGGGCUUUAAUACAGCUAAAGAUCUCUCCUUCCUGCCUGUGUCAGGACAAACUGGACAAGGAUUAUUGGAAAGGGUGACUGAAGAGAUAUGUCCAUGGUACCGAGGACCUUCCUUCAUUCAGUUGAUUGACGAAUUGCCUUCACUUAACCGUAAAAUGGAUGGGCCAUUCAUCAUGCCAGUGGUCGAUAAGUACAAGGACAUGGGCACAGUCCUGAUGGGAAAAGUUGAAGCAGGAACCACACGCAAAGGCAGUACUCUGUUCCUCAUGCCAAACAGGGUCCAAGUAACUGUUGACCAGCUUUGGUCCGAUGACAUUGAGGUAACAUCCAUCGGUCCGGGUGAAAAUGUUAAAGUCAAACUCAAAGGAAUUGAGGAAGAAGAUGUGUCUCCCGGUUUUGUCCUCUGUGAUAUUGCAGAACCUAUUACAACUGGAAGAUGCUUUGAUGCUCAAGUUGUUAUAUUGGAGCAUAAAUCCAUUAUAUGUGCUGGCUACUCAGCUGUGAUGCACAUACAUUGUGCUGCUGAAGAAGUUACAGUCAAGGCAUUAAUUUGUUUGGUUGACAAGAAGACUGGCGAAAAAUCGAAAACAAGACCACGUUUUGUGAAACAAGAUCAAGUAGCCAUAAUGAGGAUAGAAUGCGCUGGCGUCAUCUGCUUAGAACCAUUCAAGAAGUUUGCUCAAAUGGGCAGAUUCACACUAAGAGACGAGAAUAAAACAAUCGCAAUUGGCAAAGUCCUAAAAGUGGUCGAGUAAAUUGGCACUAUAACUGUAAUUUAGCUAGGAUAGGCCUUUCCAAACCUAUAUCAGUCGAGAGUGCAUGUAAUAUGUAAUCCUGAUUUUUGGGAUCAUCACGUGAGAGCUCGAGUGUAAUGCUUCAAUACCACAAGAAAAAGUUGUUUGCAAUUUAAUAAAAUAGAACAGCUAGUCCUCCGGGAAAAUAAAUAAAUAUUUUAUACAGCCACUGCCAUGGAACAAAAUACGCUAAAAUUACACGACGCGACGCGACGCUCUAAAUACUUCUUACACUGUCUCAAUUUACGCCACAUUUCAGUAAUUGCAAUAUUAUCUGUGUACCUGUUAUGAUGUUAAAAUGUGUAAAGCGUCGAGUAGUUUUGCUUUUUUACAGUAAAAUGUGCUUCUUUAUUGCCUUGAAUUAUAUUUUGGCCAAGAAUUAUUGUAUAAAGAUCGUAAUAUAUUUUACAUCAAUGUUUUGUUCUAUUUUACUCAAAAAGCACGGUGGGCGAUGGGUAAGGCUCUCAUAUAAUUAUUUGUUGUUAGGGAGAUCAUCCACUUAGCGCUAGUGUGGGUAGCGAGCCUAAUAUAAUUUAAUGGAUAUUAUAUUAUAAUAUAGCUUUCGUGUUUAUCGCUACUCACGACAUUCACUAAGAAUAUAUUCAAAUAAGAUAGAUGGUCAUCCUAACAAUAGGCUAUUGAUUAUAAUUUCAUAUUAUAAUGGUUAUAGUACUGGUUACUAUUUGUAAAGCGAAAAUUAUGUAUUUUUCUUUAUUUUAGUUUGGUAUUAUUAUAAUACAUACAGUACACAGAUUUUAAAAUAUAUGUAUUUUGUGUUUCAGUUGCCAACUGAAAUUAUUUUUAAAUUUAGUUCAAAUUGGUUUCGGUAAAUGCUAUUCACAAAGCGAGUGUAUGCCUAGCAAGACUCCAUCUUUCUCAUUGUUCCUCCGACUAUAAGAUGGUAAAUAUCCCUGUGGAUAUAAUUAGCCAAGUUUCUAUUGUUUUAGUUAUUUCUAAUAAAUAAUACUUAAAACUUAA